AUGAUUCAACAUGUCCAGGCAUGGGUCCAUUUUGAAUCAAAACUGAAAUAUCAUGGUCAAGAGGCAAAUCCAUAUCCUGCUCUCGAGCAUAUCCAAAACAAUAUCGAAACCCUUACUGAUGAACAGAUUCAACUCGGGUUAUUGGAUGUAUUUGCUCAAACUCGCGACGCACAUACUGUCAUGUCAUUGUCUGGUCCGUAUAGUUGCUUUUAUAUUACCAUAGGCAUUUAUUUUGAGUUCAUUGAUGGUCCAGGCGAUAUGAUCCAAGACCCAACAAUUGUCGUCAGCCAACCCGUCGAUCGUGAAAUAUUAGACCUACUACGUAAUACCGCGUAUAACCAAAUCAAUGUUGGAGAUCAACUUCUUAGCAUUAACGGCCUCACUUUUUACAACUGGAAAAACAAACAUCGAAAUGUAAUUGGUGGGUCCACCGAAGCUCAUAAUCAGCGUCUAGCAUUAAAAUAUUUGUCCUUCAGAUAUGCAGCUCUUACCCCACUUCCUGAUGAAAACUCUAUCAAGCUUAAAUUUAAAUCUCGUGUUGGCACCAUAUACGAAGUCAAUGUACCGUACAUGUCUGCAUACCAAUAUACCUGUUGGGAAUACUCGAGCAAACUUUACACACAGCUGACAGGCGUGACUCUUGAUAUACAUUUACAAAAUACAGUUGCUGUAAAAUCCAAUAGUCAUGCCUUGCCAACUACAACAGUCGAUGAUCAUACCACAAGUUCACAGUCUACCAUGCCAUUGGUUGCUGCUCGCCAUAUUCGAAAGCGGAGUCAAAACAGUCAAGAUCAAGAUACAGGACGAUUGUCAAAACGUGGUUUACAGAUUACAUUUUAUGAAACGAGUAUAUUCGAACUAUCUUGGACAAUUUGGAAACCUGACAGCCAAAACAUGGGAAUAAUCAAACUGGCAUCGUUCGAGUGCACAUCCCGCACAACAAACACACAAAAGGUUUCUGAAGGAGUUCUUGAAGUGGAAAGACUAUUGAAGACAGUACUCAAAGACACCAAUUCUAUUUUGAUCGAUGUUCGUGAAGGUGGUGGUGGAAGUCUGGAUUUUGCACAUGAGAUUCUACAGCUAUUCAAGAGCGAUAUUGAGCCAUUUAAAGUGAAGUAUCUUAGGAACAAGGUCACAUUCAAUAUAUUUGUAGAAUCACCCAUAGAUUUGAGAUCGUCUCGUAAUGCUUGGCUCAAAACACCACCCGACGACAGCGAGUACUCACUAUUCCAUGAUUUUACGGAUCCAGAAGACUCCGGCACUUACAAUCAGAUUUAUGAUAAACCAAUGGGUGUAUUUACCAGUGGUAAUUGCAUGUCUGCAUGUGAAGCUAUGACAGGAACUGUGCAGUCGUAUAACAUUGGAACAGUAUUUGGUGAGGAUGCCACAACAGCUGGUUCUGGUGCAAUCGUUUGGGAUCUAGAUCCAGACCUUAUCUUUUAUGAUCCGACAGACUUUAAACCAAUGCCAUUCAAAAAAGAGUUGACAUUUAGUACCAAGGAUAAAUUUUACAACCAAAUGGCUGUAGGUAAUCGAGCAUUCAUCCGUAAUGGCGAUCAUAAAGGACAGCCGGUUGAAGAUGUUGGCAUCGCAUCUGACAUUGUAAUCCGACCAAAACUGGAUGAUAUUAUUUUUGACACAAUGGAUAAUUCGCAGUACGAUUAUGUUGGUAAUUAUUUGAUUAAAGCUGAGGGAAGACCAGCCAAAACAGUUUGA